ACUCGGCCACUAUGUGUUUCUCCUCCCUUCACCCAAUUUCCAUCAGGCUCUGGUGGUAGUGAAGGCCACCCCGGACGUGGCAGUGCUGAGGGUGGGCUACGGCGGUCGGGCGACAGCCUGGGCAGCCUCCUACUCAGUCAAUCAGACGGUGGAGACUCUGAUUUACCUAGAGGCUGGCGAGUCAAAAUAUGCAUAUAUGCCGGUGCUACCGCGUCACCCCGGUAACAACACCUUCACAAUCUGCGCUUACUCAUUCAUCGGAUCAAACUGCGAGACGCGCACCAUCAGAGUUAAGAUGAACGGAAUAACGAACUACUUCCACACAGCGCGUUUUCUUGACCUUACAAGCUCCAGUAACCUCUUUGUCAACAAUUUCCGUGUGAUCGUGCCCCAGAAGUUCACAGUGGUCGAACAGCGCGCUCAUCGAUUCGUGCCGGGCUCCCAGGUUGGUAUUGUCAGCAUCACUGGUGAUGUGAUUGGUCCAUCGCUUAGCAAGAAUUUUGAGUACGCCGAUACUGAGAACACCUUGCGUCUAUCCUACGGUGCUGCGGAAAAUGUCUUCUUUGAACUGGGUUACAACCUCCAGCUGAUGCUCUACCUCAGAGGCGCCGGAUAUCUGCCUCCAGCUGUGCAGACCAAGGGCGUUAACUACUGUGCCAUAGUCCUUCAGCGCGGCUUCACCUACUUCAACGACAAGGCGGGGGCAUUUGCCAACUUCCGCGAUGAGUUAAAUGGGUAA